CUUUACUCUGAAUGGCAUCUAUAUAUUGACGAGGAUUUGCUCUCACAUCUUCAAAACCUGCAACAAUAACUCCGUUGCUGACAAAUUAGCAUGGCCGCUGCCAUCGGAAGCAUGGUGGACACGAAUGGGCUCAUGGUCCAAGUCAUCACCGGAAGGUGGUUCGUGGUGUUCGCCUCCUUUCUAAUCAUGGCCGCCGCCGGCGCCACCUACAUGUUCAGCCUCUACUCCGGAGACAUCAAAUCCGCCCUGGCCUACGACCAAACCACCUUAAACCUCCUUAGUUUCUUCAAAGACUUGGGUGGCAAUGUCGGCGUCCUCUCGGGCCUCAUCAACGAGAUCACUCCCCCGUGGGUGGUCCUCGCCAUGGGUUCCGUCCUCAACUUCUUUGGCUACUUCAUGAUAUGGCUGGCGGUGACAAAAAAAAUACCCAAGCCGCACGUGUGGCACAUGUGCCUCUACAUCUGCAUAGGCUCGAAUUCUCAGUCCUUCGCCAACACCGGUUCCCUUGUGACUUGCGUGAAGAACUUCCCAGAAAGCCGUGGGGUUGUGCUGGGCAUCCUCAAAGGCUACGUUGGUCUCAGUGGAGCCAUCAUUACACAACUCUACUUUGCUUUUUACUACGACGAUUCAAGGUCCUUGAUUUUGCUCAUAGGGUGGCUCCCAGCUGCUAUUUCCUUCCUUUUCCUUCGAACCAUUCGCUACAUGAAACCCGUUCGACAGCCCAAUGAGCUAAGUGUUUUCUACAAGUUUUUGUAUAUCUCACUUGGCCUUGCUGGGUUUCUUUUGGUCAUGAUCAUAGUUCAGAAGCAAGUGCAUUUCUCACAAAGUGAGUAUGGUGUCAGUGCUGGGGUUGUGCUCUUCUUACUAUUUCUUCCUCUUGCUGUUGUGUUUGUUGAACAAUAUAAGAUCAGAGAGAGUCAAAAGCUAGCAUUCAUUGACCCCUCCCCGGUCAAGAUAGUAGCUGAAGGAGAGUCUGCAAAUGGUAAUACCUCUAACACGCCAAUUUCAACAGAGAUUGAAGAAACUAGAUGGUGGCAAAAAGUGUUAAGUCCACCGCCUCGAGGUGAGGACUAUACUAUACUUCAAGCCCUAUUCAGCUUAGAUAUGAUACUGCUAUUCUUCGCUGGCACAUGUGGUGUUGGGGGAACUUUAACCGCAAUUGAUAACCUUGGUCAGAUUGGUACAUCGCUAGGGUACCCCAAGGCUAGCAUAAGCACGUUUGUGUCGUUAGUGAGCAUUUGGAAUUAUCUGGGACGGGUUUUUUCUGGGUUUGUUUCUGAACACUUUCUACAAAAGUACAAGUUCCCUCGACCACUGAUGCUCACGCUAACCCUCCUCUUAUCCUGUGCCGGUCACCUUCUGAUAGCCUUCGAUGUGCCCAACGGACUCUACGUGGCAUCGGUGAUCAUAGGGUUCUGCUUCGGCGCGCAAUGGCCCUUGGUGUUCGCCAUAAUCUCGGAGCUGUUCGGGCUCAAGUACUAUUCAACGUUGUACAACUUUGGAGGUGCAGCGAGCCCGAUUGGGCUUUAUGUGCUUAACGUGAGGGUAACUGGGCACUUGUAUGACAAAGAAGCUCUGAAGCAAUUGGCAGUGGCGGGGAUACCAAGAAAUGAUGCCAAAGAAUUGACUUGUAUUGGGUCCAGUUGUUUUAAGUUGUCCUUCAUUAUUAUCACUGCAGCAACCUUUUUUGGGGCCUUAAUUUCACUGAUUUUGGUGGCUAGGACAAUUAAGUUUUACAAAGGGGAUAUAUACAAGAGGUACCGGGAGCAAGCCGAGGAAGCCACCACUGCUGCCACUGAGAUGGCGGUGGUCCAAAACCGCGGCCAGAAAUUAGAACAAGAAGCUAACAAAGUUAUUGGCACGUAAUUGGUGUAGGGUAAGGCUCGAAUUAGAUAGUGAUCAAUUUCCCCAGCCACUACGACAUCGAUUGCUGGAAACCAAAUAAAAGUUAGUCAAUUUUAUUUUUUGUGGUUGAUGAUGAUGUAUAUGCAAAAACAAAAUAGAAAAUAUAUGUAGUUGGGACCACUGUUUUAUUUUCCCUUCACAUCUUUUACUAUAACUUCGGGGAAUUGAAAUUAAUAAUAGAUACUAGUAAACAAUGUUGGAUGUGUAUGAAUAAAUACGUACAGCUAGCACUUUCUUCAA